AUGGCGACUUCUCUCCGACUGGACCCCAUGGUGCAAUAUCAACUUGUCACUGACAUAUCUGGGAUCUUUCAAAGCUGUACAUCUUUCAAUGAAGAUCUCACUUCCUGGGACACCAGCAGUGUCACAACGAUGGAUUCCAUGUUUUUUGGUGCCACAGCCUUUAACGGUGACGUCUCUUCUUGGACAACCAGCAAAGUCACAUCUAUGCAUACUUUGUUCUAUGCAGCAUCUGCCUUCAACAGGCCCCUCACCAGCUGGACAACAAGUUCUGUCACAUCGAUGGCUUACAUGUUUGCUCAUGCAUCUUUGUUCAACCAGGAUCUCAGCCAUUUUGACACAAGUUCUGUAUUGAAUUUCCUCCACUUGUUUUAUGAAGCAACUGCCUUCAACAUGCCACUCAACGACUGGGACACCAGCAGUGUCACAACGAUGGAUUCCAUGUUUUUUCGUGCCACAGCCUUUAACGGUGACGUCUCUUCUUGGACAACCAGCAAAGUCACAUCUAUGCAUGCUAUGUUCUAUGCAGCAUCUGCCUUCAACAGGCCCCUCACCAGCUGGACAACAAGUUCUGUAACAUCAAUGGCUUCCAUGUUUGAUUAUGCAUCUUUGUUCAGUCAAGACAUCUCUGGCUGGAAUGUUGCUGCUUGCACCACCUUUUUAAACAUGUUUCAGAAUACACAAUUCAACCAGAACAUGUGUGAUUGGGGGAAUGGUGCCACACCCAUUUCCUCCAGUAGCCACACUGUGACCAACAUGUUUGCAAGUACCAGCUGUACAUUGCAAAGUGAUCCAAAUUUGGCUUCAUCUCCAAAAGGCCCCUUCUGCCAUUCAUGUUAG